AAAGAACCAAGACGCGCUCUAGUGAUUCCUGGGCCCUCAUCAAGCGGCCCAAGCUUACCGUCGCGUUGAUUCCAAAGGGGCGCUAUCGUCCCCCAGCAAAGCCCCCUAGACUUCGUUCAAACCACCUGACUCUGUCUCCAGCUUCGUCAAUCGAUCACUUGCCUUAUGUCACUGACAAUAGGUCAUACUGGGAGUCCAUGAUACGAAAUCAGGCUCUAAGCUCACAUGUCCCAACCUGGUCGAGACCGCCCUCAUGCUUUCUACACCCUGGCGCCCCUCCCACGCUGUCUCUUCCUCACUUGACCUCUCCUCAUCAGACCUCGUUCACGCCCGGGUACCGGUCAGACCGUUUGAUCGCAUACUCUACCCAUUGGCACCAGACCUCACCACUGGGAGGGGAAGCAGGUGGAGUUAUCGGGUCCGCUGUGACUUCACCAACCUCGAUUUGUGCCACCGACGAUAUGCCUCAGCUAUUCACCAAUUCUGUUGGUCCUGACCGUCAAGAGCAAACUUCCUUUACGGAUGAUGAUCAUUGCAUGGCAUCUAUGGACGACUACGAUUUGCACGAUACCUUCCCAGUCUACCAGACGCCACCGUCAUCUGACGCUCCAUCAAACUAUCUUUCUGCUCAACUUCCUCCGGCGGUGCCCGGCAGCCAAUCCUCCGUACACCGAGUGGGCGAUCAGACCGACGAGGACGUUGUCGAGCCCGAUAUUGAACGCCAAAACGUUGACAACAACCAAGAAGGAGAAGGCCUUGGAGCAGGCCAGUGGAGAGUGGGCAAGACACCUGGGCAUCAAGGAUCUCAUUCCAGAACGGUCAAAGCAAGCACUGGGAGAGAAGAUGGCGGGUUCAAUGCUGGGCACAAGCGAUCUCUAAGCCAAAGUAUUGCUGGAGCAGCCACUCGAGUAUUGAAGAAGCCAUUCAGGCCCCCAUCCAGAGUUGUCCUGCAAAAGACGGCUCCGGCACCCCCCUCGCCCUUUUCCGAUUCUUCUACAUGUCAGCCUUCGACUUCUCCAUCCAGCGAAAGGACAGUCGUCACAAACGCCCCUGCCCGUGGCAUCAAGAAUACGCCCCCAGCUACUCGUAUACGCUCAGCCAAACUCGCUCGACCAUUCCGGACACCCCUCCGCUCGAGCCGCUCGGAUGCCCCUUCACCUGACACCGUUGCACAAGCCGCUUCUUCCUCGCCCUACAAUCCAGGACCACCACAGACAGGCCAAGAGGCCCUGACGGCGUUGCAAAAUGAAGUGCUCAUGCUGAAGAAAGCGAUCAGAUACGAUGCUGAAGACUCAGCUGGCCGCUUGCAAGAACUCAUCGUGAUGUGGAGGUCUGCGGGACGGGAGAUGGUUGAGAAGUUGUAUGAUCUCAUCCCCCGUCCUGACCCCGGUACAUCUGAUAACCCCUACAUCUCAAAUCCUACUCCGUCUGGCUACUGGCAAGAUUCAUCGGCGUCGAACGGCCUUUCGUCUGAGCAAGAAGAGAUUCUGGCCAAAGCACCCAGAAACAAAGAUGGGGAUCCAGUGGACGCGGAUGGCAAUCUUCUGAUACCUGAUGUGGCAGAUCAAGAUAUAGGGGCUCUGAUGAAGGAGAUUGAGUCGAGUACGCUCUAUGGCGAACAGGUCAAGGGAAAUGGGAGGUUUCAUGAGAGAGAGGAGACCCCGGUGCGUGAUCGGUGAGGUUGCCCGCUUCCACACAGUUGAUAGCUCAUCAUCUAGUAACCGUGACAGUAUCGCUGAAGAUCCCAUGGUAUGGAACUACGGGACAGUCCUAAGAGGACUUGGUGUCGAUCCUCCCUUGCUUGGCUGGAAUACCGAAGCGGAGGAUUGGGACUAGUUGAGUGGACGAUGUAUCUGAAUCUGAGAGC